AUUCGGCAUCUCAAACACUGUCAGUGCACUGUGAGUUCGUGACCUUGUGUGUAACGCCCACGCUAUCCAGGUCAUUGACAAUAUGGCCACCAAUGCGAAUUUAAUAAUUUACCGACCAAUUGUUUGAUCUCAAAGUACACAUUGCUUGUAUUUAUCUAUUUAAAUAACCUGUAACCGUGUAGACGUACAAGAUGUCGGAAGCGUUACAAUUCUGCCACCAUAAGGAAGGGGUUAGUAGCGCCGUUCGCCAGCUGGCUGAUGUCUAUUGGAACUGGAGAUUGAAAAUCAGACCCGAAUUCGCAACGCUGACGGGGUGCCAUGUUUACGACGACCAAUUGGAUUGUCAUACGCUCGAAACGUAUGAUGGUAUGAAGAAACAAGGCGAAGAGUUCUUACGUCAGUUGAACUGCCACGAUGAAUCUGACAUGGACGCAGAAGACUGGACAAAUUAUGUUAUAUUGAAAGAAGAACUCAACAUGUUCCUGUCGGGAAUUAAAUUUAAGGGUUAUCUGUUGUGCCUCAAUUCGCCCGAAGAUGGUCGUUUCUACUUUGCCCGCGUCAUCAAUCGAAUGAAAUUUGAAAACGAAGGCGAUUAUAACAAGUUACUGUCAAGAUAUGAAAAGUUCCCUGAGCAGAUGAAUUGUUUUAUUCAACUUUUCAAACAAGGAAUCAAGGAAGGAAUGACACACCAUGUCAACUGUGUGAAAGGAAUGGCAGAAAGCAAUGAGAAGUUCUCCCUAUUGGACCCAAAGGAUACCGCCUUUUACACCCCAUUCGAGAAAUUAGUGAGCUGACAAAUAUACCUAAAGACAGAAAAGAAGAGAUCAAAUCACAGGGCAUUCACUUAAUCGUCAAUAAUAUUCAAGAGUCUGUCAAGACAUUAGUGGUUUUUCUGAAAAAAGAAUACUUUAAUCACCUUCGAACAAAUAUGGGGUCAUCGGCAUUACCAAAUGGCAAGGCAUUUUACGAGGAAUCGCUAAAGUUCCAUAUUACCUGUGACCUAUCAGCAGAGGAGGUCCAUAACAUAGGGUUCAGAGAGGUGAAACGAAUUAAAGAAAAUAUGCAUCGGGUAAUGAAGCAGGUUGGUUUCCAAGGCGACAUCAAAUCAUUUUUUGAGUAUUUAAGAAAUGAGAAACGUUUUUACU